AUGCUUGACCCUCGCCCAUUUCAUAUCCUAAGCUAUGGCACACUCCUUGGUGUCCAGCUUUAUCAGAGCUUUGUAUCUGGAAUCAUCGCCUUCCGCGCCCUCCCACGCCCUCAGUUUUCGGCUCUUCAAGCCAAGGUCUUCCCUACCUACUUCGCUCUUCAGACCGCUCUUCCGGUCGUAGUCGGGUUGACUGCCUCUCGUGGCGGCCAGACCCUUGGUGUCUCCGGGCUGCUAGAGCCAGAAAACCAAUACAAAGUCCUUCUCCCACUCGCGACGGCCUUUGUAACUGGCUUAGUAAACUUUGCCGUCCUGCGCAAGCUUACCGUUGAUACUAUGCGGGAGAGGAAGCAUCAGGAAACCCACGACGGUAAGAAGAGCUACGACCCCCCUCCUCACUCUAAGGAGAUGAUGGCUCUGAACAAGAAGUUUGGCCGCCUUCAUGGAUUGUCCAGCUUGAUUAACCUGGUCACCAUUGGCGCUACUAUCUUCUAUGGUGUCGUUCUUAGCAAGCAGCUUGAGUAG